AUGUGGAGAGCUGGCAGAAUGUCGGCGGAGCUGGGAGUCGGGCUUGCGCUGCGGACUGUGAACGAGCGCGUCCAGCAGAGUGUGGCUCGGCGGCCGCAGGAUCUCCCAGCCAUCCAGCCCCGGCUAGUAGCAGUCAGUAAAACUAAACCUGCAGACAUGGUGAUUGAGGCCUAUGGUCACGGGCAGCGCACUUUUGGAGAGAACUAUGUUCAGGAACUACUAGAAAAGGCAUCAAACCCUACGGUUCUAUCUUCAUGUCCUGAGAUCAAGUGGCACUUCAUUGGCCAUUUACAGAAACAGAAUGUCAACAAAUUGAUGGCUGUCCCCAACCUCUUUAUGCUGGAAACUGUAGACUCUAUCAAGCUGGCAGACAAGGUGAACAGUUCCUGGCAGAAGAAAGGUUCUACUGAACGACUAAAAGUUAUGGUCCAGAUUAACACCAGUGGAGAGGAGAGUAAACAUGGCCUUCUGCCUUCAGAGACCAUAGCGGUGGUGGAACACAUAAAGGCCAGUUGUCCCAGCCUGGAGUUCGUGGGGCUCAUGACCAUAGGAAGCUUUGGACAUGAUCUUAGUCAAGGACCAAACCCAGACUUCCAGAUGUUACUGCGCCUGCGGCAGGAGCUGUGUGAGAAGCUGAACAUUCCCGUGGACCAGGUGGAGCUGAGCAUGGGCAUGUCUGCAGACUUCCAGCAUGCUAUUGAGGUGGGAUCUACAAACGUCCGGGUAGGAAGCACCAUUUUUGGAGAGCGGGAUUACUCCAAGAAACCUGCCCUAGACAAGAGUACGACAGACUUGAAGGCCUCAGUGCCAUUGGUGCAAGAACACUGAGGCCAGGACAGCUGAAAGAUCAACUAUGCACCAGCCUAGGCUUUCAUUUUGGUGUCCUGCACGUUCCCAAUCACACUCUUCUGUGGCCUGUAUAGAGCGAUGAGGAUCACACGUAUUGAUGGAAACCACCACUUGUGCUUUGCCUCUGCUCUAGGUAGCUGGAUUCAAGCAGUGGCUCAGGCAUGAAUUUGAGACUUUAGAACCGACACCAAAUCAGUAGCCAGGAACUGAUAUCAACUGAAUUCUGCCAGGAGCACCCAACCCUCCACGAAUGCCUUUCCCAGGGCAUCUUCUGGGUUGCUGGUGCCCAUAACCAAGAAAAUCAGAAGAAUUCCCAUUUGCCAUCCCACUCUUAAUAGAACGCCCUAUUCCUACAAAUCCUCACUGUACACUCACUACUCUGGGACAGGGUGAUUUUUGCUCCCAGUUUCUACCCUGACCUGAAGAUGUCUCUAGUCACAGCUCCACUUUGGCACUGACCUGAAAUUCCAGGAUGACUUAUGAAGAGCACUUGGGCCUUUCUGACAUCGUCCUGCUGAAAAAAGUGGGACUUGGAGCUUUAUUCUUGGGGACUAUAGUGAUGGAAAGUAAGUGACAGGAUUUCCUCUCGAGUAUAACCCUUUUCUGACUUUAGCAAAGACCAUCUCCCACUUGGAGACAUAGCUCUUUAGAAUCAGUUCUGGCACAUGGUUUCAACAAGGCCUCACUUGCUUUUUCUUUCCCUGGAAGUAUUUCCCAAGUGCACCCAACACACACACACACACACACACACACACACACACACACUGUAUUUGUAAGCAGAAGUUUGCAGCUCUUGAUUGCUUAUGAUGCAGCAAGAUCUUCGAAAACCAAGAAGCAGCUGUGUGGUAACACCUGCCUGUAAAUCCAGCAGUUCGACACCAGACAAAGGCUCAGCAAGCCCCUAUUUAUGAAACAAACAAACAACAAAACAAACUGGAAAGCACAAGUCUCUAGCCAUCACAGAAGAGCUGCAGUGCAAGCUGUUUGUCCCCUGAUUGUUCACUCCUGCCCUCCUAGUGGGUAUCUCACUACACUUCCUUUACCCAGUAACUUCAGAACGUGCUGCUGCUGAAUGUAAUUUCAUAAACUUAGACCACUGUGGUCCUUGUUCUGUUUCAGUCAAAGCUAGUGUGGUAUUCCAGAGUCUGCCUAAUACAAAUGCGAGCUUGAAUUAUACCAUCUGUGCCAACUACCAAGAAAUUAAAGGUUUAUUUUUA